CUGUGUCCCUCGGACACAGCGGAUCACCGAUCACGGAAAGAGCCGAAGAUGUCGGCUCGGUCAUGUGAUCAGCUGUGUCCAAUCACAGCUCAUCACAUGGGACAUGUACACUGAUCAUCAGGGCACUGAUGAUCAGUGUACCCUGAUGAUCAGUGUAGCCCCAGCAGUGCCAGCUGUCAGUGCAUCAGUGCCACAUCAAUGCCACAUAUCAGUGCCCAUCUGAGCUGCCUUUCAGUGCCAGUCAGUGCCACCUAUCAGUGCCAGUCAGUGCCACCUAUCAGUGCCAGUCAGUGCUGCCUAUCAGUGCCACCUAUCAGUGCCAUGUAUCAGUGCCAUGUAUCAGUGCCAUGUAUCAGUGCCAUGUAUCAGUGCCAUGUAUCAGUGCCAUGUAUCAGUGCUGCCUUUCAGUGCCCAUCAGUG